AUGGCGUCGUCGUUCACACCUCCAAGUACGGACAAUGCACGAAUUCAGAUGAACGAGAUCACACAUAUCUCAGAUUCACUGAGCGAAGAUCUAGCAGAUCAGCAUGGAGUGGAGGGUAGCACAAAGCAAUGCAAUUCUCAAACAACUGAAGCGUUCAAUACGACUUCGGAAGCACCAAACCCCCGUAGUAACUUGAGGAUUUUCGCAACCAUGAUUGCACUCUCACUUAGUUUAUUCAUUGCUGCUCUGGAUCAAACCAUUGUAGCUACUGCGACUCCUACGAUCUCCGCAGAUCUUCACUCUGGAGCUGGCUAUGUCUGGAUUGGUGGUGCCUACCUUCUUGCCAAUGCGGCCAGCGCCAAUAUCUGGGCCAAUUUGUCCGAUAUCUGGGGACGAAAGCCCAUACUUUUGUCAGCUGUUGCGUUAUUCUUCGCUGCCUCCAUCAUUUGUGCUACGGCUGUUAAUAUGCCGAUGUUGAUUGCAGGCCGUGCACUCCAGGGAAUCGCUGGUGGAGGUCUCCUUCAGUUGGUCCUCAUCACUAUCUCCGAUUUGUUCAGUCUCCCCGCAGCUAACAACACGAUAAGACUUCGCAGCCUGUUUAUGGGCCUCAUAGAGUUUAUUUGGACAAUCGCGGGCGCUCUCGGCCCCGUACUCGGUGGUACUUUCACUGAAUCCAUCUCAUGGAGAUGGAUCUUCUGGAUUAAUUUACCAGUGUGUGGAACAGCAUUCCUGCUUCUGAUUCUCUGUUUGGACGUCCAUAAUCCGAGAACGCCUGUUUUCGAUGGUAUCAAGGCAAUCGACUGGUUUGGCAGCGUUUCUAUCCUCGCUAUUUCCCUCAUGGUUCUCCUUGGCCUCAACUUUGGUGGCGAUGCUUUUCCAUGGAGCUCGCCCAAGGUGAUUUGCCUGAUUGUAUUUGGCUCUUUGAUGUCGAUUGCUUUCAUCUACGCCGAAAAGCGUCUAGCCAAGUACCCCCUCAUGCCUCUUGGUAUAUUUAAAAACCGCUCAAACAUUGCGUGUUUCCUUGUUGGGUUUACGCAUAGCUUUGUGUUCCUCGGAGCGGAAUACUAUCUCCCUCUCUACUUCCAAUCCGCCAAGGAAGCGACCCCCUUCCACUCUGGCCUCAUGAUCCUCCCCUUCGUCCUAACCGAGUCCACAUCGAGCCUGCUCGCAGGGAUCACCAUCCACCGCACAGGACGCUACCGUGAACUAAUCUGGCUUGGAACCACGCUUGUCGUCCUCGGACCGGGUCUCUUCAUCAACUACAGCCCCGAUUCCUCCCUCGGCAAAAUCAUCGGAUACCAGCUCGUAGCCGGCUGGGGAUGUGGCCUACUCUUCUUCCCCCCGCUCCUCGCUCUCCAAAGCAACAUCCCACAACAGGAAACCGCCACGGCUACCGCUACAUUCGGGUUCGUCCGUAAUGUUGCGAUGGCGAUGUCCGUCGUGAUCGGUGGUGUCGUCUUCCAAAACAGUAUGAACUUGAAACAGGCUUCUCUGCGAGAUGCGGGAUUGUCGACUUCUUUGCUGGACGAGUUCACCGGCGCGGAAGCUGCGGCGAAUGUUCUCUCUGUGCAGACGAUCCCAGAUCCGCUUCAGCGGAUGGCAGUGAAGAAUGCCUUUGCGUGGAGUGUGCGCAAUAUUUGGAUUUUGUACACUUGCCUUGCGGCUAUUGGGCUUGUGGCGAGUGCGUUAAUCACGAAGCAGCAUCUCAGCAAGGAGCAUGUGGAGACUAAGACGGGGCUGAGAGAGAAGUCGCCAUCUUCGGAGACGCAGACGCAGUCUUCAGAGGUCACCGAGCAAUAUUAA